GGACCGUCCAGCAGGCGCCGCGCGGAGGGAGCCCGCCCCGAGCAGCCGGGAGCCGCAGCCGAGCCGGCCAUGGCGCUGUCGAUGCCGCUGAACGGGCUGAAGGAGGAGGACAAAGAGCCCGUCAUCGAGCUGUUCGUCAAGGCUGGCAGUGAUGGUGAAAGCAUAGGAAACUGUCCCUUUUCCCAGAGACUCUUCAUGAUUCUUUGGCUUAAAGGAGUUGUAUUUAGUGUGACAACCGUUGAUCUAAAAAGGAAGCCUGCAGACUUGCAGAACUUGGCUCCCGGGACCCACCCACCAUUUAUAACUUUCAACAAUGAAGUCAAAACGGAUGUAAAUAAGAUUGAAGAAUUUCUUGAAGAAGUCUUGUGCCCUCCCAAGUACUUAAAGCUUUCACCCAAACACCCAGAGUCAAACACUGCUGGAAUGGACAUCUUUGCCAAAUUUUCUGCAUAUAUCAAGAAUUCAAGACCAGAGGCUAAUCAAGCAUUGGAGAGGGGUCUCUUGAAAACACUCCAGAAACUGGAUGAGUAUCUGAAUUCUCCCCUCCCUGAUGAAAUCGAUGAGAAUAGCAUGGAGGACAUUAAGUCUUCGACACGUAAAUUUCUGGAUGGCAAUGAAAUGACAUUAGCCGACUGCAACCUGCUGCCCAAACUGCACAUUGUCAAGGUGGUGGCCAAGAAAUAUCGCAACUUUGACAUUCCGAAAGGAAUGACUGGCAUCUGGAGAUACUUAACUAAUGCUUAUAGUCGGGAUGAGUUCACCAAUACCUGUCCCAGUGAUAAGGAGGUUGAAAUAGCAUAUAGUGAUGUCGCCAAAAGACUUACCAAAUAGAGUAGCACUUACAAGAGAGAUGUCUUCUCAUCUUCCCCGACUAAGAAUAUGCUUUUCCUAGCAGACUGCUCCUCUUCCUAUAAAGUAGAAGUUUUAUUUUGCAUGAACAUGCAGUUAUUGGAGAUUAGGGUCAAGGAUAGACAAGGCAUAGUAGCUAUCUUUAAAUAUACACUCCUAAGCAGUAUUAUUUUGAAGUUCUGUUACCCUGCCUACCACCCCUCCUCUCUAAUUUGGAGACACUCCAUUGUAAACUUUUCACUUUAAAGGUAGUUGCCACCUCUCUGGAGCCCUCACCGCUGUGUCCAUCACUGUGUACAGAUGGCAGAACUUUUGAGGUGCAAUGUUUAAUUGUUGAAAUAGUAACCAUGACCUCAUCAGUCAUCCCCAAACUGGUGCAUAAUGCAUGGUACAAGGAAUAUUUAUGUAUUUUUGAAAGUUUAUAAUAUUUACUAAGAGUAUGUGAAAGGAUUGCUACUGUAUCAAAAUCUUGUGUUUCAGUUUAGUCUAUCCUGGAUGCAAACUAAAGGUUGACACCACCUGAGAAGAGAGCCUUCUGCAGAAAGUCACUACCGGUUUUGCUAUUUUGCUUUGUACAUGGAUUUAUCCUUUUGCCUACAAGCAUUUAUCCUCCAUACCAAUGAUAACAUCUGACACUGUAGAAGCUGAAAGUUCAGAGGGAGGGAUGAUAUUCUCAAGACCUUUCUCAAGCAUUUUUCUAUCAAUAAGAAGCCACCCAGCACCUGAUCUGCUCUGUCUCAACGUGUUGUUAGAUGUAGUUUGCCCAGUGCCAUUCAUUUGGGACAUUAUUGCUUCCUCAUUUUUAGGUGAAAGAAGACCUUUAGGUAAAUCUGGACCUUGCCAUUCAAAGAUCUUUUGAGCAACACUACAUAGACUGAUAUUUAGUUGAUUUAGCUAUAGCAGUACAAUGAGUCAUAUGGAAAUUAACACCUAUAGAAAUUUACCUGAGGGAUGUAGGGUGAGUUUGUCAAGAUGUGAAGUAGAUUUUUGUUUCUAAGGCAUAUUGGCCCAUGACACUCUGAAUCAGAAACCAGACAAACACAUCAACUACCGGCUAUCCCAUUCCGGCCCUGUUUGCUGGUAGACUUAGGGUAGAGCGGAUGGCUCAGCCUUUUUGGACUAAAUUAUAGUUGUUACAGUGAGUAGGAAUUUACCAGGGGCUUGCCUCAGCUCAGUCAUUGCAUUUCAGUUAAGUUUUCCCUAGAGCCACAUUAAGGAAUAGCACUUGGUGUGGUUGCUUGUUCUUAAAUUUAAGUCCUAAACCACCAAUUAUUUGUGCUCUAACAAGAGAGGAUGAGCUAGGUGAAAAUAAAACAAGCUUGCUACGUAUUUAUUCAUUUUGUUUUUAAACGGACUUUCUAAAUGCUACUCCAAAGACUGAUUAAAAACUAUAACAUGUUUCUGGUAAAUGUUUUAUACCUAACUUGUUUAAGAAGUGCUAUUUCUCACAGGCUGCUUUUGGAAAUUUUAAGUAUAUUGCUUUAAAAUGGCAAUGCCUUCCCCUUCUGAUAUGCUAACAUUUAGUAAGCACUGCUUUAGGGAAGCGAGCAGCCUGAUUUAUAAACAUGUCACAUCUUUUAACCUAGCAGUGAUUUCUUGGUAUAGAGGGUAAGAAAAGCUCCAGAUUGGAUCCCUUUAGCUCAGGGAGAUUUCAUUGUCAGACCUUUCUUAACUCCCUACUGCUGAUCAAAAGUUUGGGCACCCACUUCUUUGUAACUAAAUAUUGUAUGAUGAUUUAUCUGGUUUCAGGGAGAAGCACUAUCAGGUUUUCUGUUAAGAAAUUCUAGAGUGGUAGCACGGGUGGGUGAAAAUGACACAUCUGCACCAGUAUGCAGGCAGUCGCCAUCGCUGUCACCCACCUUUUUAAACAGUGGCCGCGUGGCGAUCCAACGGUAUUGAACCUCGCCACGGAGCUGAAAGUCAAAAAGAUUCCUGUGAAGGGGGGGGGGUGCCUUUCCUUUCAAAUGGCUGCUGGAUAAUUGGUUCCGAGUAGAGGGCCACAGUCCGAAAAGCAGUGAUGGGAACACAUUCUGAAACUCAAGUUGUGAAGAAUUUUCACUUUGGAUCUUUAUCCUCUUCAUUACUUUAAAACCUUGUCUAUCCCGUGGUUAUACUUGGCUUUCCUUCUGGGGGUUCAAAGGCAGGUCUAUCUGUUACGAUUUUGAUGAAGGCAGAAUUAUUUUUCUCUGUAGAAAGACGAUCUUAUUACUUUAUCAGGGAAGUCAAAUGAAAUUGGAAUUGGCAAAUGGACAGAAGCUCUAGUAAAAAGGAUGAUUCUAGAAAGUACUUUUUACUCCAUCUUAUAUUUGUAGCGACGACAUAGCUUAAAAUCUUGGGGAGAUUUGAGACACAGAGGUUUUCAUGGCAGUUCAUUUGCACUUUGUUAUGGUUGACAUAGGAGAAAUCAUCUGAUAUUAUUUUUACAACUACUGAAUCAUUUCCCUUUCAUCUAAAGCCCUUCUUCUGUUCCACUUCAACAAGAAGAUUGGAGUCUGAAUGGAAGUUCUAUUUUCCUAAGGGAUUUUGAGAAAUUUUUGUAUUGAACAGUUGGAAAGCUCUCUACUAUUUCAGUUGAUAAUAACUUUUUACAAUGUAGAUGCAGAUUUUCUGUAUAGUUUUGUUAUCUUUUAUUAGGAUUGUUGACUUGUGACAAAAUUCAUUUAAGAUUUUAUUACUGGGUAACUUUGGCUUAGUUAAUUAUCUUAAGCCCUUGAGCAAUCUGUAUACAGCUGAGAGAUUUCUGACAUUUAUUCUUACACUAAAUUGAUCAACGGUAGAAUUUAGAAGUUUUACUUUACCUCUCCAGAGUUGCAUGUAGAUAGCCUUUAUUUCUGUGCAUUAAAAUACAUCCAUUUAGAAAAUACCUACAAGGUAAAGAUGAGAAGUAAUGGAAAUGUAUUUUUUCAUGACAUUUUGAUACAUAUUUCAUCAAGUUUGUUGAUUAACCAAUUUCUUACAGUGGUUAUAAUUGGUAUUUGAUUUAAAGAGAGGGAAGCAUUCAUCAUUGAUACACUAAAUGGGUUUAAAAAAUUCCAUUCUUUACAGGAUAUGAAGGUUGGGGCCAUCAAAAUUAUAUUUUUAUCAUGGAAAAUAAUUUCAACUCCCCAGGUCACAAAGUUGAAUAGAAUUGGAGUAUUUCCUUUUGAAUUACUUGAAAAGGCAAAUGAAAGCAGAUUAUGAAAUGCUUAUAUUUUCUUUUCUCUCUCUGGAACCAGUAUAUUGCUGGCAGCUAUUGUAUUAAAAAAAUAAAGUAUAUUUUCACUAUCAUAAAAGGUUCUUUUUUUC